CUGGCAAGCCGAAAUUAACUUCUCGGUAGCAAGGAUACGGGAGGCUCUUGGACGAGAUCAUGAGUUCGUCUUCGCGAACGGCACAGUUCCUACGCCACCCCAAGUCGGUACGAAAGCGUAACCGAGUGUUACCCACCCGUUACAAUGCCAAUACUAACGGGUAACGCAGGCGCUGAGGCUCUCGCAGAUGAGUUCUUCGGAUAUGUGGCGCAUAACAUAGAACAAGACCAAGAUCUUUGCGACAGCAUGAUAGAAUUCGUGGAGAGCCGAGGCCCGUUUGACGGGAUUAUGGGGUUCUCCGAAGGCGGAACGGUAGCGGCCAUGAUGCUAGUCGAAGACGCAAGGCAUGGUUCGUUCGGUGGAUUUAAAUGCGCUGUGUUUUUCUGCGCAGCUCCACCGUUCGAUCCUGACCUAGUCCGAUCUGGCGUAAUCAAGUACGCCGAUCCAGACACGGAUGGGGUUUUGCUGGCGAUUCCAACCGCCCAUAUCUGGUCCCGGACUGCUGGGGUCGAUGAGAUUAAAGUCCACGAAUCUUUAUCUCGACUUUGCGAUGAUCGAGUCAGGGAGGUGUUUCUUCACGAUCUAGGCCAUGAUGUGCCAGGUUCGAAAUCUGAUCAGGGCUUAGUUGGAACACUUCGAGCCAUCGAACAUGUCAUCGAGAAUGCGAUGGAUGACUCCUAAAGGUACCUAAAAUGGAGUAUCGGCGGAAGAUGGUGUGAUGAGCAUACCUAUCGUAGAAUGCAGUUGGUAUAAAGGUCAUCUCGAACGUCCAAACACCAAGAAUAUGAAAGAAUCGAUUGCUUGAAUUCGUUUUUCGUUCCAACAGUCUGACAUUCUAACGUUCCAU